AUGUCUCCCACUUCUAUCGUUCGCUCUCGCUCUGUCCCUCACACCAUCCGCUCACCUCUAUCCAUCUCUCCUCGUCUUACCAAUGGCAACGACAGCUUGAAGGGGGACAGCGCUUACUCGAGCUACCAAUCUCAGGCCACGAGCCUUGAAGCAAGAUCCAGGUCUAAACACUCUAACAAUUUCAAGAAAGCAAGCUCUGCCGAGCCAGCGCGCUCGUUAAUGUGCGGCAUCAAAUCGGUAGAGAUUAGCCCGACCAGAGACAAGUCGAACUCAGUCAAUAAGGAGCCUGCUAUCGAGGAGAUCGAGACCGACAAGGAGGAACAAUACCCUGAGGUAGUCCGAAAGGCGUUCGGGGAUCGCUACAACGAGCUUCCCUACGCCGCAGGCGAGUUCGUGGUCACCGGCUUCACUGAGACAGAGUGGAAGGCAUUGCAGGAGUGGCUUCAGACCCACGACGAGCUAAACCGGUACAGUUUUGAUUAUGAUCCAGAGAAGAACGAAUUAACAACGAUGUCGCCAACUCACCUACACAACCGUCUCGGUGCAUUGAAGAAGUUGAUGCUCCACAAGCGAUUCGUUGAAUACUUCCUUCCGCCGGUGUGGUUACGAAGGCUCCUCGGUAUUUCUGACGAUACCGCGGACUACGCGUCUGUGCGUGGAAAAGGAGGGAAGAAGAAGAUCGCCGACGCCGUCGAGGCAAUCAAAGUGGGCAGCGAACUGGUCAUCACUUCUCUGGACGAGACGGCGCAGUCUCAGCCUACGUACACCGAAUACGAAGGCGCUACGGAAGGCGUACUCAAUAAGAUCUUGGAGAUGGCGGACCGGUUCGUAGCCUAUCGAGACGAGGAGGUCGACGAUGACGAUGAAGACUCACUGAACCUCAUCGCCCUCAACUGCUUCAGGAUCCAGGAGCUGCAGAAGACCGGUAGCGAGAAGGCGAAGUGGUCAUCGCCAGGGAUCGGUUAUCAUCGACUCAAAGACCUGAAAUUCGAUGCCGACGCCUACAACAAGAUGCUGAAGACGUACCCGGAGUUGAUACACAAAGCGGGUCCAUUCGUCGCGAAGGGCAAAGUCUUCUUCGGCGCUGUUCGCGUCUAUUGGUUUCACAUCCCCCUCGACCAACUGGAAAUCUUUAGGGAGGGCGUGAAGGCGAAGUGGCCGAUGGAGGAGUGGGUCGCUAGGGGCCUUGCAAUCCCUCUCCUCGAUUCGUAUAAUGAGGCGCAGCAGCUGCAGGUCGAGGCGUUCAUGGGCAAGGUCGUGCAAGCCUACAAGGAGAAACUAGCCUUGUUGGCGGGCCAACUGAUGCUCGAUGAGAAUGAGCAGACCAUCGACACGGCGCUGAUGGACCUCCCCCCAGAGGAACAUGAAAAGCGGCUCGGACAACUUCGCAUAUACCUGCUGCGCCUCCUCAAUCCGCCCGAGGAAACUCUGAACUUUGACGACUGCAUUCCUCGUCUUGUUCGCGAGAUCCGGUUGGGCGCAUACGGCACUGCAAGUGAACGCCUCUGCGACAACUCGAGGAUCACCGGUCAAGACGCGACCGUUUCGCAAGGCAGCAAACCCGGGAAGCGGGGGCGCAAUUCGAAGGGGGAAGACAUCAUGGCUCGCCUAGAUCGUCUGGAGAACAAUUAUCUCAAACGCAAGCGUGGGGAGGGUGUCGGUGACAGCAGCGAAGACGACUCGGAGGGCACCAACGAUCGUGCUCGUGAUGGACCGAGUACCUCCCGCGGGUGA